AAACAAUCCACUGUGUUUACCUCGCGUUACUAGGUUCACGAGGUAAACGCACCCUGUCCCUUUAAGAAAAGCGUCACGUGACGUAAACACGUGGUGCGGAAGUAACGGAACCGAUAGUAGCGCGCAGGUUUGUUGAGUAAAUAAACAGCUUACACUCCGUUAUAAGAUAUGUAUUCCCAUUUAAUAACAGCAAUGUUCAUUAUGUGUCUUCUUAUAGCGGGUGAAACACUCCGUCAGUAAAGUCAGUUCAUCAUUUGGAUGAAGUGACCAUGAAGCAGGACAGUGAUGCUAAGGAUAUCCCUGCGUGCUUCAUAUCAAGCCACGAAGGCUUUUGUGGAACCAUAAAAAGCUUUAUCAAAGACUUUGUGGUGACUGAGAUAGAUAUUUAUGGACAGCAGGUUAAUACAGCUCCAGGCUGCGCCUCUGCUUAUAAAAAUGAUGAAACAAAUGCAGAGUGUAUGGAGAAUAGUCUCCCAUCAGUAACACAGGGUACUGGUGUAUCAUCUGAUUAUGGGGAGGAUGCCGCUCUGCACAGUCCGGAGAGCUUUGAUUUAAGUGUGAUUUUAGGGCAGGCAGUCAGCGAUGAGCUUGAGCAUUUUGUGUUGACUCUCAAAGAUGAAAAUCCAACCAAGCAGGAAUUCUCCCUCGGGUCCUUUACUGACAAACACCACAGAGCUAAUGUCCACCGAGCCGUCCGACACCGAUUCCCCUUCCUCAUGACUGUGACCAUUCAGCCAGAAAUCAGGGUGAGGGAAGACCCGGACUACAGAGAGCUCUCCCAGCUGGUCACGGAGGACGAAGCGGAGGACUUCUUCAGGUUCAUAGAUGCCAAAGUGCAGGGCUCAUCCUACACGUUCGGACCUGACGACAACAAGGAGCACAGGACAGCUGUCCACCACUUCCUGAGCCGAAGGUUUGGCAAACUGGUGGAAACAAAAAGCUUCAGUGACCAGGGGAGGACGGCAAUCUCUGUAAGACUUAGAGAGAGAGGGAGACCGAAAAAGAGAACAGCUGAGGAGCGAAAGGAGGAAGAUGUCUACACUGCAUUCACUCUGUGCAAGGAGAACCUGGAGACUCUGGAAGCCAUCAGCUACAUGGCAGCAGCUCUUGGGGUCCUACCAUCAGAUUUCACCUAUGCUGGAAUCAAAGAUAAGAGAGCCAUCACCUACCAGUCCAUGGUGGUCAAGAAAGUCUCACCUAAAUGGUUGAAAGAAAAGACUGCAGAGUUCAAGAAAAGAGGGAUGCAUCUGUCUCAGAUCCGCUCUGUCAGUGAGCCUCUCAGGCUUGGCCGUCUGCAGGGGAACCACUUUGACCUGGUGGUGCGGGACCUGAAACCACACUCUGCUGCAGAUGCACAGCUAUCUGCUGCAGACACACACGUCCGCCUGGCAGCGCUGGUGGAGGAAGCGAUGGAGAACGUCAAGUCCAGGGGUUUUGUGAACUACUAUGGGCCCCAGAGGUUUGGGAGUGGACAGAGCGUUCAGGCUGACCGAGUAGGACUGGCUUUACUCAAAGAAGACAUGGUGAAUGCUUUGAAUCUCUUUUUCACUCCAGAAGAGGGUGAUGAUCCUCAGAGCCACGCAAAGAGACACUUCCUCCACACAAAUAAUGCCAAGGAGUCUUUGGCGCUGAUGCCAUUUUCCAAGGCCAGGGAGCGCUUGAUGCUGCGAGCCCUGAACCGUUAUGGUACGGGUCCGGACGGGUGUGCCCAGGCCUGGCUCAGCCUGCCCCACAGUACGAGAAUCUUCUACCCACACGCCUACUGCAGCAGAGUGUGGAACGAGGCAGUGGCUCACAGGUUAUCCACUCUGGGUCACAGCGCCAGGCAAGGCGACUUGGUGUGGAAACAGGAGGGGAACAGCAGCUCAGCUCAGGUGAGCGCCACUAAUGAGAUCCAUGUGGUGACGGAGCAGGAAGAAAAACAGGGAGUCUAUGCACUAGGACAAGUGUUACUGCCAAUGCCAGGAAACACAGUUAAGUAUCCAGAAAACACCAUGGGACCUUGGUAUCAGGAGAGAUUGGGAAGAGACGGACUGAAUGACUGUCGCUUCAGAGUCAGCAGCCUGAAACUGAAUCUGCCUGGCUGCUACCGCCCCCUGCUGGCAUCUCCACGCGACAUGCGCUACGAACUCCAGGGAGCGACCACCAUGGAGGGAGGAGAAGGAGGAGGAGGAGCUGUGAAAGGAGCAAAUAAAAUAGACUCUCUUACCCUGACCUUGGGCUUCGACCUGGACUCCUCUUGCUAUGCUACCAUCUGCCUCAGAGAGAUUAUGAAGUGUGAACCGUAGGCGUCAGGAGACAUCGCUCCAGCUAAAUGUGUGGACUGCAGGCAGCUUUUUGUAACCCACCAACACCACCACCUUUUGUACCUUCAUUGACUGUGAUGCAGUAUGAGUAGCACUUUAGGUUGUUGUUGAAGUACUGAGCAGAACACUGUAUAUAUAGAGAGAGGAGGGACAGUUGAUGUAUAAUUGAGACAACCUCUGAAACAAGUCGUCAGGUGUCGACGAAACUAAACGUUAAAAGCAUGGAAACAGUCUGUGUCUUAUGUGCCAUGAAUAAAAGUUUGAUUAUAGGAAAUCUA